AUGUUUUCCCCUCUCCUCGGCAGGCAACUGAGAUUCUAUACUCGGUUUCUAGCUCUGUGUACAACAAUCGAAGCAGGCCCCGUCGGUAACAUCGGCCUCAGUCACCUCUCGGACGAGAUCCUCAUGCUCAUCAUUCACAAUGUCUACGAAGGAGCUGAUAAGAGCUCUUUGUUCGCAUUCUUUUCCCUACGCCAAGUCUCCCAACAGUUUAGACGCCUGACUCAAGAUAAAGCCUUUGACUCACACCUCUUCUCAGACAAGGAUUGCUGCGAGCAGUGUGUCAGCUCCUCAGGAGUAUGGGCAGGUCGAUCUGCCAGUCUAACGAAUAUCGAUCUCCCCUUGACUAGAGAAAAGCACUGCUUCGGUUACAAGGCCAAGGAGAGAGGUGUAUGGUUGAAAGGACUGGAAGACCUCGUCAGAAAGGGAAAGACCUGUUCUACGUGCCAGGAGGGUUUUGAUGCUAGGAGAGAAAAGGCGCCUCCCUGA